AUGAAUGAUAAUGGGGACAGUAUAGGAUGGCCGAGGAGUGAAGACAAUAUAGAGGGAAUUAUAAAGGAGGAUGAUGAUGAGGACACUAUAGGGUGGGGGAGGAAUGAAGAACGUAUAAAAGGAAUUAGGAGGGUGGAUGAUGAUGAGGACAGUAAAGGGUGGCUGAGGAAUGAAGAACGUAUAAAAGGAAUUAUCAGGGAUGAUGAGGACAGUAAAGGGUGGCUGAGGAAUGAAGAACGUAUAAAAGGAAUUAUCAGGGAUGAUGAGGACAGUAAAGGGUGGCUGAGGAAUGAAGAACGUAUAAAAGGAAUUGGGAGGGAUGAUGAGAACAGUAAAGGGUGGCUGAGGAAUGAAGAACGUAUUAAAGAAAUUAGGAGGGUGGAUGAUGAUGAGGACAGUAAAGGGUGGCUGAGGAAUGAAGAACGUAUAAAAGGAAUUAGGAGGGAAGAUGAUGAUGAGAACAGUAAAGGGUGGCUGAAGAAUGAAGAACGUAUAAAAGAAAUUAGGAGGGUGAAUGAUGAUGACAGUAUAGGGUGGCUGAGGAAUGAAGAACGUAUAAAAGGAAUUGGGAGGGAUGAUGAGAACAGUAAAGGGUGGCUGAGGAAUGAAGAACGUAUAAAAGGAAUUAGGAGGGAUGAUGAUGAUGAUGACGACAGUAAAGGGUGGCUUAGGAAUGAAGAACGUAUAAACGGAAUUGGGAGGGAUGAUGAGAACAGUAAAGGGUGGCUGAGGAAUGAAGAACGUAUAAAAGGAAUUAGGAGGGAUGAUGAUGAUGAUGAGGACAGUAAAGGGUGGCUUAGGAAUGAAGAACGUAUAAACGGAAUUAGGAGGGAGGCUGCUGAUGAUGAUGAUGAUGAGGACAGUAAAGGGUGGCUGAGGAAUGAAGAAAGUAUAAAAGGAAUUAGGAGGGUGGAUGAUGAUGAUGAGGACAGUAAAGGGUGGCUGAGGAAUGAAGAACGUAUAAAAGGAAUUGGGAGGGAUGAUGAGAACAGUAAAGGGUGGCUGAGGAAUGAAGAACGUAUAAAAGGAAUUAGGAGGGUGGAUGAUGAUGAGGACAGUAAAGGGUGGCUGAGGAAUGAAGAACGUAUAAAAGGAAUUAGGAGGGAGGAUGAUGAUGAGGACAGUAAAGGGUGGCUGAGGAAUGAAGAACGUAUAAAAGGAAUUAGGAGGGAUUAUGAUGAUGAGGACAGUAUAGGGUGGCUGAGGAAUGAAGAACGUAUAAAAGGAAUUAGGAGGGUGGAUGAUGAUGAUGAGGACAGUAAAGGGUGGCUGAGGAAUGAAGAACGUAUAAAAGGAAUUAGGAAGGUGGAUGAUGAUGAGGACAGUAAAGGGUGGCUGAGGAAUGAAGAACGUAUAAAAGGAAUUAGGAGGGAUGAUGAGGACAGUAAAGGGUGGCUGAGGAAUGAAGAACGUAUAAAAGGAAUUAGGAGGGAUGAUGAUGAUGAUGAUGAGGACAGUAAAGGGUGGCUGAGGAAUGAAGAACGUAUAAAAGGAUUUGGGAGGGAUGAUGAGGACAGUAAAGGGUGGCUGAGGAAUGAAGAACGUAUAAAAGGAAUUAGGAGGGAUUAUGAUGAUGAGGACAGUAUAGGGUGGCUGAGGAAUGAAGAACGUAUAAAAGGAAUUAGGAGGGAUGAUGAGGACAGUAAAGGGUGGCUGAGGAAUGAAGAACGUAUAAAAGGAUUUGGGAGGGAUGAUGAGGACAGUAAAGGGUGGCUGAGGAAUGAAGAACGUAUAAAAGGAAUUAGGAGGGAUUAUGAUGAUGAGGACAGUAUAGGGUGGCUGAGGAAUGAAGAACGUAUAAAAGGAAUUGGGAGGGAUGAUGAGAACAGUAAAGGGUGGCUGAGGAAUGAAGAACGUAUAAAAGGAAUUAGGAGGGAAGAUGAUGAUGAGGACAGUAAAGGGUGGCUGAGGAAUGAAGAACGUAUAAAAGGAAUUAGGAGGGAAGAUGAUGAGGACAGUAAAGGGUGGCUGAGGAAUGAAGAACGUAUAAAAGGAAUUAGAAAGGAGGAUGAUGAUGAUGAGGACAGUAAAGGGUGGCUGAGGAAUGAAGAACGUAAAAAAGGAAUUAGGAGGGAGGAUGAUGAUGAGGACAGUAAAGGGUGGCUGAGGAAUGAAGAACGUAUAAAAGGAAUUAGGAGGGAAGAUGAUGAUGAGAACAGUAAAGGGUGGCUGAGGAAUGAAGAACGUAUAAAAGGAAUUAGGAGGGAUGAUGAGGACAGUAUAGGGUGGCUGAGGAAUGAAGAACGUAUAAAAGGAAUUAGGAGGGAAGAUGAUGAUGAGGACAGUAAAGGGUGGCUGAGGAAUGAAGAAUGUAUAAAAGGAAUUAGGAGGGAAGAUGAUGAUGAGGACAGUAAAGGGUGGCUGAGGAAUGAAGAACGUAUAAAAGGAAUUAGGAGGGAAGAUGAUGAUGAUAAGGACAGUAAAGGGUGGCUGAGGAAUGAAGAACGUAUAAAAGGAAUUAGGAGGGAUGAUGAUGAUGAUGAGGACAGUAAAGGGUGGCUGAGGAAUGAAGAACGCAUAAAAGGAAUUAGGAGGGAUGAUGAUGAUGAUGAGGACAGUAAAGGGUGGCUGAGGAAUGAAGAACGUAUAAAAGGAAUUAGGAGGGAAGAUGAUGAUGAUAAGGACAGUAAAGGGUGGCUGAGGAAUGAAGAACGUAUAAAAGGAAUUAGGAGGGAGGAUGAUGAUGAGGACAGUAAAGGGUGGCUGAGGAAUGAAGAACGUAUAAAAGGAAUUAGGAGGGAUGAUGAUGAUGAUGAUGAGGACAGUAAAGGGUGGCUGAGGAAUAAAGAACGUAUAAAAGGAAUUGGGAGGGAUGAUGAGAACAGUAAAGGGUGGCUGAGGAAUGAAGAACGUAUAAAAGGAAUUAGGAGGGUGGAUGAUGAUGAUGAGGACGGUAAAGGGUGGCUGAGGAAUGAAGAACGUAUAAAAGGAAUUAGGAGGGAUGAUGAUGAUGAUGAGGACAGUAAAGGGUGGCUGAGGAAUGAAGAACGUAUAAAAGGAAUUAGGAGGGAUGAUGAUGAGGACAGUAUAGGGAGGGAGGAUGAUGAUGAGGACAGUAAAGGGUGGCUGAGGAAUGAAGAACGUAUAAAAGGAAUUAGAAGGGAUGAUGGUGAUGAGGACAGUAAAGGGUGGCUGAGGAAUGAAGAACGUAUAAAAGGAAUUAGGAGGGAGGAUGAGGACAGUAAAGGGUGGCUGAGGAAUGAAGAACGUAUAAAAGGAAUUAGGAGGGAAGAUGAUGAUGAGGACAGUAAAGGGUGGCUGAGGAAUGAAGAACGUAUAAAAGGAAUUAGGAGGGAAGAUGAUGAUGAUGAGGACAGUAAAGGGUGGCUGAGGAAUGAAGAACGUAUAAAAGGAAUUAGGAGGGAAGAUGAUGAUGAGGACAGUAAAGGGUGGCUGAGGAAUGAAGAACGUAUAAAAGGAAUUAGGAGGGAAGAUGAUGAUGAGGACAGUAAAGGGUGGCUGAGGAAUGAAGAACGUAUAAAAGGAAUUAGGAGGGAAGAUGAUGAUGAUAAGGACAGUAAAGGGUGGCUGAGGAAUGAAGAACGUAUAAAAGGAAUUAGGAGGGAUGAUGAUGAUGAUGACAGUAAAGGGUGGCUGAGGAAUGAAGAAUGCAUAAAAGGAAUUAGGAGGGAUGAUGAUGAUGAUGAGGACAGUAAAGGGUGGCUGAGGAAUGAAGAACGUAUAAAAGGAAUUAGGAGGGAAGAUGAUGAUGAUAAGGACAGUAAAGGGUGGCUGAGGAAUGAAGAACGUAUAAAAGGAAUUAGGAGGGAGGAUGAUGAUGAGGACAGUAAAGGGUGGCUGAGGAAUGAAGAACGUAUAAAAGGAAUUAGGAGGGAUGAUGAUGAUGAUGAUGAGGACAGUAAAGGGUGGCUGAGGAAUAAAGAACGUAUAAAAGGAAUUGGGAGGGAUGAUGAGAACAGUAAAGGGUGGCUGAGGAAUGAAGAACGUAUAAAAGGAAUUAGGAGGGUGGAUGAUGAUGAUGAGGACGGUAAAGGGUGGCUGAGGAAUGAAGAACGUAUAAAAGGAAUUAGGAGGGAUGAUGAUGAUGAUGAGGACAGUAAAGGGUGGCUGAGGAAUGAAGAACGUAUAAAAGGAAUUAGGAGGGAUGAUGAUGAGGACAGUAUAGGGUGGCUGAGGAAUGAAGAACGUAUAAAAGGAAUUAGGAGGGAUGAUGAGGACAGUAAAGGGUGGCUGAGGAAUGAAGAAAGUAUAAAAUGA